UAGCCCCUUUGUUGUUGUUGUUGAGUAGGCCUACAAGGAUGAGUGACCGAGGUAAUGAGAGGAGAGCCUCCCUCGGAAAGAAACGCGAGACAGAUUACGAGGACCAGUUUGAUGGGAAGCGAUCCAAGCGGGAUGAAGCAGUAUACGGCCCACAGGAGAUCACCAGAUGGAGUGAUAUUCAGGAGUACACUGCUGAGGACGGGCUUGAUGGGAUGAGGGAAGAACGCAAAGAUGCAGGGAGAAGCAUGACAGAUGGCAGAAGAACACAUGACUAUGCCGACCAGUCCCGUAAAGGUCGUCCUAACCACCAUCCAGGAAGGAAUGGGAGUGACCGGCACUUUGAGCGCGGCACCACCAACUACCACACAGGCCACAGGGCUAGAGACCGCCAGUCAAGCUCACAUGGAGAGCAGCAUCCGCCCGAGCAGACAGGCAGAGGACAUCAGUUCAGCCGUGGAGGGUCCAAUUGUAAUUAUGAGGGAGGUGGCUAUAACUACAGCUAUGAAGACGGCAGGGAUAACUCCUCUAGGGGGUCGUCUUUCCAGAGCAGCAGUUUUUCAAAUGCCAGGGAUGGCUCGCACAAGGAGGGUUCUCACUAUUCUGGAAACCGGAACAACAGGGACCGUCCAUACAGAGACCGGCCAUCAAGAGACAGACCUCCAAGAGAGAAGGACACCCCAUACUCUAAAUUCAACCCACGGAAUUCCCACGACCGAGAUUGGAACAGGGAUUCUGGGUACGGUGAUCACUUCUCUAGCCAGGAGCGCAGUUCAAGAUAUGAUAGUAAACUUGGUAAAAGAGAAAAUCCACAAUCUUCAAGAGAAAAUCCUGGGGAAGCUCCAUAUGGAGAUUAUAGGGAGGGUCCUGUACAGGAUGGCUAUGACAGUGCAAAUUCGUGGUCCGACUCUCGGGACAGAAACUACACAAGAGAUUCUUCGCAAACUGUACCUGGAACACAAGAAGUUACACUCCAUGGUGUCGUAGGAACAAUGCUUCAUAAAUUGGCUUCGUGCUCACUGAAGAACAAAGAAGAUGCAAACUUGGCAUUAAGAAUCAUCAACAUGUUCUUGAAGCCUCUUGCAGAUUAUAGCUACAAAAACGGGGAUGAAACGUCUGCCAGUUUGAUCAAAGCUGCGGAAAUUAACUUGAAAACCCUCAGGGAACAGACGCUCUUCUCAACCUCAUCAGUCCCAGAGGUCACGAAGCCAGGCCAACCAAUCCCGCGGCAUCAACAGCAUCACAGGAACCAGCCGAAAAAGCAGCACAACUAUCACAGACACAUGUAUUAGCAGCUGUGGACAAACCUUUUAUAUUAAAAGGAAUCGGUUGUAGUUGCAUGAGUCUUAUGUGCUGUGCUUGGAUGUCAAGUAGAGUAUAUUUGAUAUCAAGGGAUGAGCGCAUUCCUUGGAGAGUAUUCGACUUUAUAUAAAAUACACAUAGUAAUUAUUCAAAAGGAAUUUUUUAUUUC